AUGUCUACCGCGUCGCCCACGCCGCUAGGCGGAUCCUCCUCAUAUGGGCGCAUGCGUGCGCAAUCUUCGAUAAGACCCCGGAGAGACUCCCCACUAUCAGUAUUGGGUCAGUCUCAGGGCUUCUCUGCGGACGCGCCCAUGUUGCAAAACAUCGAAAUCGACAGCUCCGACGACGAAAUUCCACAGCCCAUGAAGCUCAGCGCUUUGACAACUGCGCUGCUGGCACAAGGCAAUGACGUAGACUCGCCUGAGAAGCGGAAACCAAAGCUCAAGAUAUCGCGCAAUACCUCCCCAGGCUCAAAUACACCAGGGCAGGACUCUGUGACGCCUGCACCCAGUCUGCGAAUCAAACGGGUACCACUUCGUGGUGCACCCAUGAGGAGGUUACGGAGGACUCCCCAGAGCGAAGAAGAGAAUGCUCCCUCGCAGGAUCAGGAAAACCAGCCCAUCUCCGUCAAGAUGCAACCGGAAAAUGUACCGGAUUCCGUGUUGAAAGCCACUGGUUCAGUCAUGAAGGUUGCAGAGGAUCGCAAGCACGUACCACAAGAGUAUCAAUCACCCAUACAACGAUCGUCGCAGCAACAAGAGAAGCAUAUGCCACUACAGGCACUGAGUGCGAACACCCCUCGCAGACCAGCACCACCGCCACCGCCGAAGAUGUCUGUGCUGGAGACAGCGACAGCUGCUGCAGGAGCUGCCACCACAAAGACGAGGGAAAGAAAGAAAAGAAGCACGCUAUCAGUCAAUGGAAAGCACUAUUCGCAAAUGGACAGAAUAGGAAGAGGAGGAAGUUCAGCAGUCUACCGCGUCAUGGCCGAGAAUUUCAAGCUCCUAGCACUGAAAAGAGUCAAGCUCGAGGAUGCCGACGAGGCGGCUGUACGAGGCUUCAAGGGCGAGAUUGAUCUACUUCAAAAACUUAAGAAUGUGGACCGAGUUGUUCGACUUUAUGAUUGGGAGGUAGAUGAACAACGGCAGGUUCUCAGUGUGCUCAUGGAACUUGGUGAAUCUGACUUGGCCCGCAUAAUACGAAUGAAGCUUGACGCUGCCGAUGGUGAUGGCAAGCUAGACCUCAGCUUCACACGCUACUACUGGAAAGAAAUGCUCGAGUGCGUAGGCGCAGUACACGACCACGACAUUGUACACUCCGACCUCAAACCCGCAAACUUCCUCCUCACCUCAGGCCGCCUCAAGCUUAUCGACUUUGGUAUCGCCAACGCCAUCGAAGUUGACCAUACAGUAAAUGUACACCGCGACUCCCAUAUCGGCACCCCCAACUACAUGUCCCCAGAAUCCCUCGAAGACUCGGCCGGUGGCGCCCGCGGCCUCCUCAGCAAUGGCAACGGCUCCAAAGACAUGGCUCUCGGUAAACCCUCGGACGUCUGGAGUCUUGGCUGCAUCCUCUACCAAAUGGUCUAUGGCCGCCCCCCCUUUGCGCACAUCACCAACCAAAUGGCCCGUGUCCUCGCCAUUGUGAACCGCGACUACGAAAUCGCCUUUCCCGACCUCGGCGUUGGUGAAGUCCGCGUCCCACCCGGCCUCAAAGCAACACUCCGAUUUGCUCGGCCAGAUUAUUCAACGGGUGGCAGACCGCUUUCGCGAUCCUAA